AUGCGCACGGGUCGGGUGAGACAGAAGAGAACAGCGGAGCGUGGUAACGACACGCGUGUAUUCGAACGAAACCGAAACCGGAAGUCAGGGGUACAAAAAGGGGUCGGUCAAGAUGCAGCAAUUGAGAAGGUGGAUUCGUGUCGCGAUCAAAAGAAGAAAAGUCUUUUUCCUUUUAAGAUUCAAGAUACAAAUCAACCUGCAUGUGUAAAAAAGCAAGAUCUCAUUAUCAUGUUUUAUAGAAAGUCUACAGCACUAAUUACACGGAUUUUGCACUUCUCUCUUCUUGAUGAUGACAAAGGUAUCGUCUACAUAACGUACCAAAAGCUUCGGGUUGAUGUCCGGCAACACGGUCCUCUCCAGUCUUUGCAUUGCAAUCUCGGCGAUGAACCCUAA